AUGGCUGAGCAAGCAACCCAGGCAUUCCAGGCCAUUGUAGGAAUCGUUGGGAUCUGCGGCAAUGGUUUGGUGUGCGUGGUGAUCGCCAAAAAUCGCUUCAUGCACACCCUGACCAACGCCUUCAUCUUCAACCAAGCCCUGAUUGAUCUCAUCGGGUCCUUGAUGACUCUGCUUCUGAAUCUCGUACCAAUCCCUGAUCCGAUACCUCCUGGGGCUGCUUGGGUGUUUCUCUGCUCUGUGUGGAUCAGCGACUACCUCCAGUGGGCACCAUUCACUGCGUCCACAUUCAACCUGAUAACAUUGACUCUUGAGAGGUACCUGGCCAUAGUGUUUCCCUUCAGGUACCAAGCCCUGGCCACUCGUAAGAAAGCCAUAGCUGUACUGGUCGGUGUGUGGGUGGCAGGGUUUCUGUUUUCCAGUUUUGGCAUCUAUCUCCGCUUCUACGAGGCCGGAGAGCCAGGGGAAUCACUGAUGCGUGCUCGCCGUAACACCUUCAAGACCCUCCUGAUUGUCUGCGCGGCAUUCAUCAUUUGUUGGACACCAAACCAGAUCUUCUUUUUCCUCUCCAACCUCGGGCUGAAAGUCGACUUCUCAUCACCCAUAUUCUACAUAACGAUCGGGAUGGUUGCUCUCAACAGCUGCCUGAACCCGUUCAUAUAUGCCAUCAAGUACAAGCAGUUUCAGAAGGGGCUGAAAGUUGUCUUUGGUAAAAGGGGUGACAGAGCCUCUAUUGCAACAGCAAGUACCGGCCACAACUGA